AUGCAAAAGGUGCACGCGAGAGCGCGAGUGAGCAUGUCAGAUGAAGAAGUGGCUAGAAAAGAAAGUCUACGUCGACUGGGACUGGCAGUCGGCUGUGCAAUAGGAGGAAUAGGGGCAGGGAUCAUGGUUCUAGCACUCCCCUUUGUCUCUCCCGGGUUCAGGAAAUUUGCUCUACCCUACGUCCCUGCCACUCCAGUCCAGUUGGAGAGCGUACUGUGCCACAUGAGAGGGAGGCCUGGGAGAGUGGUGGACUUGGGGAGUGGAGAUGGGAGGGUGGUGAUGGAUCUUGCCAGGCAGGGUCACUACGCAGUUGGAUAUGAACUGAAUGUGUGGCUGGUGCUCUAUUCGCGAUGCAGAGCUCUGCUAACUGGAGUGCAUCGCAACACAGAGUUCCACCGGAAAGACCUCUGGAAGGUUGACCUCGCCAAGUAUGAGAAUAUCAUCUUCUUUGGAGUGGAAUCAAUGAUGGAGCCACUAGGGGAGAAGAUCAGAAGAGAGGCCCCACCCACUGCCAGGGUGAUUGCCUGCCGAUUUCCGUUUCCUCAGUGGAGAGCCGUUGCAAGCUUUGAUGCAGGACCCAACAGCGUCUGGAUAUACGACCACAUACGAUGAACUGUGUUUUUGUUGUGCGUGUUUACGUCUGUGUGAAUAGAUUGAGGGAUAUUCAUGACGGUUUUGGCUCAUUGCUUCAUUAGCAGCGUCCCACGAUCCAGUGUCGCGAGCCGCGACAUUCCGCUUUAGUUUUCUCGACUAGAGUAGGUAUAGGACUAUAGCCCUCUCUAAACUGCCAGUUUUCAGUUGCCGGAACAAGAUUUGUCGUCAACUGUAGAAACUCAGUCUUUCCCGGUGAUCUAAGCCGUGUGGAGCUCUCGACGCCAGGCCGGCCAUGGGGCGUGCGGUGGAAACCAGUGCCGCAGUGAUGGCACUACUACUCUUACCAUUCGCCUCUGCUACCUUUGACUACCGGAACGCACUGGACGAGGACAUUGCGACGUACAUUCUUAUUGGCAUAGCCGCCGUGUAUUUCACCGCUACUGCACUUCUCCUGCUACUAGCUGUCUGUCGCUGCUUCGUGAAAGCAGGCAAACCAAAGCAAAAGCCACUCCAAAACUCCAACUUUGAAAGACCUUCAACGACUAAAAAGCAACUGUCCACUAUUCACGAAGACGAAGAACCUUUCCAGUCUUCACGGCCACAGCAAAAGAAGGCCUCUCAGAGAAGAGUCACUCGACUGAGAAGUGACGAGGAAGAACUAAUCACCGGCGAGGAAGGAGCCAGUCUGCCUCCAUCCCCUACUGAAACUACCGCCACAGCAGCCCCACCGCAGCCAGUGCGAAAGGUCCCUGACCCACGAAAGAAAACUUCUCGAUCGACCGGCCAAGCAACACCUCCAGUUCGGAGAGAGCCUCCGAGGCUCCCAGGAGCUGCAUCACCACUGGAGAAGACCCCUGAAACCCAGAGAAAGGAGACACCUCGCCCAAACGAACUGCCUCCUCUUCGUAACACCCCUCCACCCCAGAGAAAACAAGAACCUGCUGCAGCGUAUGACUUCUACUCCACCAAACAUGCUCCCAUCCAACGUGCCACUAACAAAAGACUGGACUCUCCUCGAAUGCAGCAGCACAAGAAGCUGGCAAUUUCUCGACCUCCAGACAUUGCUUUGAGCUCCCUACCAAAGAGAGAGCUUAACAGUCCGUCCAACUCGUCUGCCAGUGAAGAUCUUGAGAACUUUGUCUCCAAGUUGACGGUCGAUGAAUUCAAGACUCCACCCACCUUCAAGAAGACCCAUCUGGACACAAGUGAGCUUUUCCACAGUUAUUAUUAUACCACUGGUCCUCUUUUAUAUAUAUAAAAAAUCAGGUUUUAUAGUGAAAAAUAAGGGGUUCUUGGCAGGAAACACAGUGGGAUUGCUGGAACUGAGGAGAAAGCUGGAGCCACUCUCCCGCUACUGGUACCAGAUCGGGACGGGGGCAAAGAUGCCGAGGGAGAGGCUCCAACUCCUCCGCAAAGUGUGCGGACAGAGCCACGAGGACGGGCUGUGGAAGAUGUGUCAGCUGUGGCUGGAUUUCGAGCCCGAGCUCACCUGGGACGGAGUAUUGGAGGCCCUCAGGGGAAGAGAGAUGGGGAGCCACGGGGCUGAAGUAGCUCGGGAUAUCGAGAGGAAACUUCGCCCAGACUUUUCGCCUGGCGGUGGUUCAGUACGAACAUCUACUCACUCUGAUAAAUCCAUAACAAUGCUCUGAUGGCUAUAUUACAGCAGCACAAAAGAAUCGAGAACCACAAUUACUUUUUAUUUAUGUGCACGUAUUAUGAUGAUUGUAAAUGACAUGUUUAGCUAUAGCA